CGUAGCAGGUUGUUGUCCCACUUAUGGACAACAUAUAAUUUCGUUUGUCCUCGCCAAAACAAGUUGUUAUAAUAAUUUAACACAAAAUUGAUGCGCUGUAAAAAUAAAUGUAUUAAAACAACCAAAAAAUGUUAUUUUUUCUUGUGUUUUUCGUGAUUGUUUAUGUAUUUUAUCAAACGUUUAUUAAACCUGCUAAAUACUGGAACAAUAAAGGCGUAGAACACAUCAAUUUGUGGCGUAGAUUUUUGUCUGUAUUUUUGUCAAAAAAAUCUUUUUUGGUACUCAUCAGAGAGGCUUAUAAUUUUUAUCCAAACACUAGAUACUAUGGUAGCUUCCAGUUCUUGAAACCUUCACUCAUGGUGACGGAUUUGGAAUUAAUAAAAAAAAUCACCACCAAAGAUUUUGAUCAUUUUCAUGAUCAUCCUAGCAUCAGUAACAAAAAUGUCGAUACGGUUUUAACACAAAACCUAUUUUCAUUAGAAGGUCACAAAUGGAGAGAAAUGCGAUCAACCCUAAGCCCAGCGUUCACAAGCAGCAAAAUGAGGCACAUGUUCGAUCUGAUGGUUCAGGUGGCUCAAAAUUUCACGAAUUUCUACAUAGAGCAAUACAAAGACUCUGCCGUUUUGGAGUUAGAGAUGAAAGAAGCGUGUUCCAGAUACACCAAUGACGUGAUAGCGAGUUGUGCCUUUGGAAUCGAAGUCAAUUCGUUGGAAGAUAGAGAAAAUGAGUUUUUCCGAAUGGGAAAUGUUUUUGCCGCGAGUUUCAGAGGAAGGAAUGCUCUUAGAGGAUUGAUUCUUGGAUUCUUUCCAUUGUUGGGACAAAUCUUGAAAAUUUCAAUAUUUCCCCAGUUUGUGACGGAUUUUUUCAAGAAAAUAGUCAGUGACACCAUAGCUUUCAGAGAAAAAAAUCAUAUAACAAGACCUGACAUGAUCCAUUUACUGAUGCAAGCUAGGACGGGUGAAUUACAGGAAGAAAAUACAAAUGAAAAUGCAGGAUUCGCUACUGUAGAAGAAAUAGAGAAAGAAAAAAGAUUUUCUCAAAAAGUAGAACUUGCAGACAAUGUUAUUGCAGCUCAAGCUUUGGCUUUUUUCUUUGCUGGAUUUGAAACUUCAGCUACAGUUCUUAGUUUCAUCUCCUACGAAUUGGCUAUCAAACCAGAAAUUCAGAAGAAGCUUCAUCAGGAAAUAGACGAAACCUUGCUGAAAAAUAGUGGAAAACUGGACUACGAGGCAGUUUUGAAGAUGAAAUACCUGGAUCAAGUAAUUUCUGAAGUUCUGAGAUUGUAUCCACCUGCGUUUGCAAUCAGCAGAGUUUGUACAAAGAACUACGUCAUAGAUAAGAAAUUAGAAAACGAAGAAGACUUUUUGAUAGAAAAAGGCUGUAUAGUAGUCGUACCGAUCUUCGGACUACAUAUGGACCCUAAUUACUUUCCAAAUCCUGAUGAUUUCGACCCUGAACGUUUCAAUGAGGAAAAUAAACAUAAGAUUGUUCCAGGAACAUACAUGCCUUUUGGGAUGGGACCCAGGAAUUGUAUUGGUUCCAGAUUUGCUCUGCUAGAAAUCAAAGCUCUAGUAGUGAGUUUUCUGUCACAAUUUAGUUUGGAACCUGUCAAAAAAACAGAAAUACCUAUCACGUUUUCGAAAACAGCCAUUUUGAGUACAAAAAACGGCAUAUGGAUAGGCUUGAAGAAGCGUUGAAAAGAAUUACGUAAUUUAAAAUGUUCUGGAAUUUUUUUCCUAUUUCUUUAUUAAGUUUAUGUAAAAUAUUUGAUGUGUACAUAAGAAAAGUUGAUAUUAAAUCAUUUUUACCGGAAUAUUUUGA